AUGGGCAAACAUUCCAACAAGAAAGCUAAACUCUCAAAUAACAACAAAGAAGAAAAUAAAGAAGAUAAAGAAAAAAUUUUCCACUUCGCAAAAAAUGAUGAAGACAAAGAGAACCUAAAGAUGGCAAACUCCUGCCGGGACAGUAACCAUGUCUCUGGUCUUAAGGGCUCCAAGAAACUAAAUAAACUAGAACCUAACAAGGCCAACAUCGAUAGAUCAACUCAAACAAAUGAGAAAGGCAAAGGAAAAAUGGUGCAAACUGCGUCUGACAAGAAAAACAAGGAUAAAGUCUCAAGUUCAGAUAGCAAUGCUGGGUCAAACCUAAUAGAACUAAAAGAACCAGACGCCUUAAAUGCCACAAAUAGCUAG